CACUGCCUUGCCUCCUCCGGGAACAACACAGCCAAACCAGCCUCUUCGCUUCCUUUUGGAUUUAACUCCGCCACCAACCAACCAACCCACCACCAUGCCUGCCAUCGGAAACGAGAUCUCCACCUUCGUCUCCCAGUUCACCAACAACCUGGACCUGUUCAAGGGCCAGAUCAGGGACACCCUCACCACCCUCGACUUCGCCACCAUCGCCACCGUCCUCCUGGUGGUCGUCGGCGCCGUCCUCAUCUACGAUAUAUUCGUCUACCUCCUGUCCUCCUCCAGCAGCAAGAGGUCGCUGAUGAUGUCGCCCGUGCUGGCCCAGCUCGCCUCCAACGCCUGGGACAUGAGGGACGAACUCGGCUUCUCCAACAUGAUCGAGUCCAGGUCCUUCGAAACCCUCUCCCCUGUCUUGGAUGCCAUCAGACUAGCCGUGGAGAAGUACGAACACCUCCAAUAGUGUGCUCAUGGGACUUCCUCAGCCUCCUGCAGAAGGUCACCAUCCCGGGCACGUCCACCGCCCCCCAGUCCCGCCCUCCGCUGAGAAACAGGCAUCUCAGGCUGUCUUCUGCGGCAACAGGAGAGCGAGAUUUUACGAAGAUGUUAAGAUUCUUCGUCAGUGAACCUUCCAAAGCCGCGGCUAAGAGAGACCUCGUGUCAUUUGCUCAGAUGCCUGUUUUAUUCUCAGAAAUUUAUGUUCUUGAAUUUUUCUCAAGAAGGUCCCGGGCUCUUGCUGGUCGAGAGGUAAAUGCUGGGCUCCUUAUUGUGAUUGUUGUUCCUUCGUUUUUAUAUUUGCUUUGUUUUCUUUAUCAUCAUUUAUCUUUUUAUUUUUUGUUUUUAAUCUGCGAGACAGAAUCAACUAUUGAUGUAUAAUUUAUGUGUUGUAUUUAAACUUUGUAUAAAUA